AGUGGUAGAAUGGCGGUCAAUAUCUCAUUGUGGUUUGUGUUUAUUUUGCUUGCAAAUGUUUACGUUCUUCAUGCCAAACGUGAAGACGUGCAGAUUAAACAGAAAUCCAUACAUCCCAGCUAUUUCGAAAAUCUUCCCACCAGUAAUGUGCAAGGCGCAGUAGUUCUGAAGUCAAACCUACCGCUUCUUGCUCAGACCCAGCUAGCAGCGACUUUAACACAAAUUUACCAAACUACUACGGACCCGAUGCAACGUAUUCAAGCGUUCCAAACUGCAACGACGAAAAUGUAUUCGAUGUAUUGGAAUGUAGUUCUUAAUUUCGAGGGCAUUACGUUCUUCUACAAGUACUACAUUUAUCUUCAAAUUUUUAGCGACCACCUCAUUGCGUUCGGUUUAGAUUAAAUUGUGCUUUACAGUGUAUUAAUCAGUAUGUAAUAAAUUUCAUCUUCUAGCA